GCUCUGCGGUAACCCGAGCCCGCAGUCCAGGCGGGCGCGGCGGCCGCGGCGGUAGCAGUAUCCUCCGCGGCUGUUCCUCCCUACGGCUCGGAGCCCGCGGCUCCCCUGGCUCCCCUGGCUCCCCUGGCUCCCAAAGAGCAUCUCGCGGGGCGGCUCUGGCCGGCGCCAGCCCUCGGGCCGGGCCGGAUGACCAGGCGACUGUAACCACUCGCCGCCCUCUCCCGGCCCGGCGCACCACUGCCCGCGCGCGAGUCGCCCCGGGACCCGGCACAGGUUGAAGAAGUAUGGAUACCAACACCAUAGUGGUCAUCAGCGCUGGUUUUACCAGCUUUAUCACCUUUCAGCUUCUUUUCCACUUUGUAAGUUAUUGGUUUUCAGCAAAAGUUUCUCCAGGUUUUAAUAAUCUCAACUUCGAAAAGAAGAUUGAAUGGAACUCAAGGGUAGUGUCUACGUGUCAUUCUUUGGUGGUUGGGGUUAUUGGCUUGUACAUAUUCUUGUUUGAUGAGGCUACUAUUGCUGAUCCACUUUGGGGUGAUCCAUCUCUUGUGAAAGUGAAUAUUGCUAUUGCUUCAGGCUACCUCAUUUCUGAUUUGUUGAUUCUCAUUUGGUAUUGGAAAGUGAUUGGUGACAAGUAUUUUAUAAUUCACCAUUGUACAGCGCUGUAUGCAUACUACUUUGUACUGAGGGAUGGAGUGCUGGGAUACAUUGGGAAUUUUCGCCUGCUUGCAGAACUUUCCAGCCCUUUUGUGAAUCAGCGGUGGUUCUUUGAGGCUCUGAAGUAUCCUAAGUUUUCCAAGGCUAAUGUCAUCAAUGGAAUACUCAUGACUGUGGUGUUCUUCAUAGUGCGGAUUGCCUCCAUACCUCCUUUUUAUGGCUACAUUUACUCUGUGCUAGGAACGGAAGCCUACCUGAGGCUUGGAUUUUUAAUUCAGUGUUCCUGGAUCUCUACUUGUGUUGUUUUGGAUGUAAUGAAUGUCAUGUGGAUGAUCAAAAUUUCAAAGGGGUGCAUCAAAGUCAUCUCUCUCAUAAGACAAGAGAAAGCCAAAAAGAGUCUUCAGAAUGGAAAACUUGACUAAAAGUGGGCUAUUGAUAAGCAUACUUCGUGAUUACCCACAUUAUAUCUUCUGAUAGGUUGAAUUCUUGGCAUGUUCUUGUGCUUCUUUAUUAAUUAUACUUGUUAUUCUCGGUUUCAAUGUCCUUUUUUUCCUAACUGUUAGAAAAGAGAAACUAAAAUUUAGUUUUUAUCUGAAGAUUUAUUUUCUGAUAUUCUUCGGCAUUAUAAGCAUGGAUAAAAUCUUAAAGGUUUAAAUAAAAAUGUAUAAAUAUGGUGGUGAAUCUUUUUAGAAACCUGUUAACCAGCAUUGGUAUUUUUCUCUGUGAAAACAUGACUUUGCUAAUUUGGUGCACUUGGUUUUAUGUCACCGAUUUUGCUGAAAGAAUGGGAACUGCUUUAAAAUCUGUAGAUAGCUCUCCACAUUUUGUUGUAUUGCACUCAUUUCUUACUAUGGCUGUCAGUACCUGUGUAGUGUUUAAUUUCCAAAUUGUUGAAAUGUUCUUUUUCUUAGGCUAUUAGAAGUGAUGUCUUUUUCAUUUAGAUAUGCUGUCAUCUACUAAUAAUGAAGUAUUUUGCUUAUUUGGGGAAUCUUUAAUUAGUUAACUUAUGGGAAAUAUUUCUUGCAUUUUCAGAUUUUUCUGACAUCACUUUAUUAUUUCUAUUUUAAACAUUUUUUCAAAUUAUUGCUUUUUUCUUUUGUAGUAAAGCUUAAGACCAAUCUAAUAGAGCUCCUUAAGAGAUGAAUUCUUCCUCCUAAACAUGCAUGUUCUAGAUGACUAUUUGGGCUAAUAGGAGGAAUCAUUAAGAAAAAAGCGUUAACACUGCUGUCUCUAUCUGCGUCCCUUGCACUUUUUCUAUGAAAAAUAUAUUAUUUCUAUUUGCAAAACCUCCCCUGAGUUCAGAACCCAACAUCAGCACCAAAAUCUCAUGCAAUAUGUAUUUAUCAUGCUCCUAAGGUAGGCCUCUUCUUGAUGAGACCAAGACUACAAAACAAAAUCAGUAUUCAUGUUUUACUCACAAUUUACACCCAUGCUUUUGCUUAACCAGCACUUUGAGUGCUUUGAAUUUGUGUCUUUCCUAAAGGAUAGGAAAACAAUAGAUAAUUUAAUCCAAGCAUUCUGAUUAUCAAUAUUAUUGCUUUAUCUGAGGAUAAAUGACUGGUGACUUAUUUUUUCUGUUUGUGGGUAUGUUUGUGUUUGCUUUGGUCCUUACAACCCAAAUAUAGAAUUAUAUAGUUAGCUAUUAUUGCCUUUAUUUAUUUUUCUCAAGUACUUUAAUGAUCAUCCUUACCUAAGGAAAAAAAUUAAUCAGCGGUAAAUACUAGAAUUUAGUUGAACCCAAACCAGAAGAUCUAAUUCAUUCCGUUUGAAGGAGAAUGUGUGACUUACUCUUAUUGUCCAUGUUAUGAUGAUGAAGGGAGGCUAGCUGGAUAUUUCAGGACUUCUGAUUUGAUGUGAUUUGAUUGAUUUGGCUGUCCCAUGCAGAUGGGGCCUGAUACAUUGUAGAACAUUUGAAGAAGGUAAUUGAGAUCUCGGUCAGUAACUAAAUGAAAAAUUGAAAUUGAUUGGCUUAUACCAGGUACACUUAUUUUUGAAAGACUUAAUUAAAGUAAUAUAAAAUAUAGGUAUUUGUUUUUAAAUCUGCUAAUAUUACAUUGAUAAUUUGUUACUAAAUUUAGUGCCUUCUACACAUAGGCACUUAAACAGGUAUUGGUUGUUUAGCAGGGGUAGGAAAGCACGUGGCUUUAUCUUGUUCUUUUCUUGCUCUUUUGCAAGAAAAAUGGCUUUUUAAAAGGAAAACAUUUAUAUUAGAAAACUAUUUUGGAAAUUCAUUCCUUUAGGAAGAAACAAAACUUGAAAUAUUUUUGACUUUGGAUAUUUCUGUAGCUUCUGAACACAGAUUUUAAACCCACCAUCAAAAGGAAGACAAUAUAGGGCUUCCCUGGUGGCGCAGUGGUUGAGAGUCCGCCUGCCGAUGCAGAGGACACGGGUUCGUGCCCCGGUCCGGGAAGAUCCCACAUGCCGCGGAGCGGCUGGGCCCAUAAGCCAUGGCCUCUGAGCCUGUGCAUCCGGAGCCUGUGCUCCGCAACGGGAGAGGCCAUAACAGUGAGAGGCCCGCGUACCGCAAAAAAAAAAAAGGAAGACAAUAUAAAGCUAUAUAUUAGUGAGUUUCAAUAUAGCAAUUUCCAUUUUUAUAGUUAUUUCAUGCUUAAAACUUCAUUUUUACUUUCACCAACAGCACCUUUCUGCAGUAUAACCCCUCACUAAGUAAGUGUAAUUAAAAUAUCAAUGUGUUGAACUAAAGUUUGUUAUUCCCUUAGUCAGCAAUUCUUAUUUUAAGCUGGCUGCACGAUAGUUAAUUUAAUAUCCAGAUUUAAUAUCCAAAAGUAGUUUCUAUGCAUUUCCUCACAAAACAGACAUGAAAUGAAAAAGACACUGCAAGCUGCCAUGCUACUUGAAGUCAGAUCUUUACAGGAGCUAUACUUUGCUGUUCUGUGAUUGUAUCCACCUACGUAAGAUACAAGUAGUUAAAGACAGAACAUUUCAUUUGUUAAAUGAUGAAUUUUUUCAUUUAUUAAAUGACAAACUUUUGCUACACAUUUUACGUAUUAAAUAUUUUGACUACAUGGAUUAAUUUAAAUGAUUCUAUUAGGCAUUCUGAUAUUUAACAACUUAAAAUAUUUAUAGAAAAUGAAAGCAAAUUGGUAUAAAUUUUUAAGCAACUCUAUUUUUGUAGACAAAGAUCAGUGACAACCUGUAACUAUAAAGAUGUUCUCUGAACGUGUAGUACUCUAGAAAAUAAAAAUUCUUACAAAAUUUUGAAAAUGAAUGAAAAUCAACAAUUAACAUGCAAGAUCAUAAACUGCAUUAGAUAUUUUAUUUGGGAGAAUUUAGAAAUUAUGAGCUUUAGUUUAUAGCGUCUGCAUUAUUGUGCCUAAAAUCUUUUUAAUGAAUAUUAUUUGCAUUUACUUAAAACAAUAUGGAGUUAUAUCUGAAUGCAAAGAAAUGAACUGCUUAAAUUGUCUUGAUACAUCAUAGUAAGUUGAAAUGUAAUUUUUAUUCCAACUGUUCGUUUUGGUAUUUCAUGGAUUAGCCGUAUGUUAAGAGAAAUAAUGUCCUCACCAUUCCUAAGAGUGACUGAUAUACUGUGGAUGACCCAGUACUGUUGUAAAGGACUAGUUUUAGAAACUACCUAGUUUAUAGGUGUUUGAAUCAAAUUCUUUUCUAAAUUUUAAUAACCUAUUUGACUCAAAUCAAAAUUUUGCUAAAAGUAUCAGUUUUUAAAUUGUAUGCUUUCUCUGAGGUGCAUUGGGCAUUUGGAGAAUGGUUCUUCCCUUUACUGUUGGUUACACCAGUUUUUAUCAUGUAUUUAGAAAUAUUCUUCUCAUGGAGAUAUACAGGGGAAAAAUGUGUUGUAAUAUUCAUGUUUGUUCUGCUUCAUUUUUAAGGAAAAUAAACAUGUUCCAAAAGACACUAUUAAAAUAAGUGUUUGAACAAAUUUCAGUUUCUAGGUUACUCUUCACUCCAAAUAUGUAAAUAUACAUUUGAAUUGGCUUUAAGUGGUUUAAUCUGUUGGAUGAAAUUGAAAAUUCCAUGUCAUUGUUGACAUCAUCAGUUAUACUUCAUAGAAGACUAUGUAUUUAUGUGUUUUGGAUUCCAUAAGAAGCAAACUGGUAUAAUUUUAUCAGAAGUGUGGUACAGUAUGUCUCAACAGGUACAAACCAGCACAGCAGCGAGACCCCUCCUGUGCUGAGAGGCCUGGGGCACACACACACACCUUCCCAGCCUUAACCACAGCAGGUUGACAAUAGACACACUAAACCUACUGAAAGUGAAUCCUGACUUGAAAAACACGUGUGAUAUGUGUGAGAACAAGGAAAAGCCAGCAGGACCUGGGAUUGGAGGAGACAGCAUGACUGAUUUGCCCUUAAGAGCCAUGAUGCUCCUCCUUCAAUCCAGAAGUUUUCUCUCUGAAUCCCUUGAGCCUUCCAUCUCUUCCUCCUAAUACCCUAAAGACUUCAUCAGCACCUCCCUCCUUUAUACUAACACCUUUCUAUGUCAACUUUUGAGACCUCCCCAUACCUGUAAGCUUGCCAGUCUAUUGUGGCAAAUUUAAAAGUUCACAAGUGUGUUCUUUCAUUGAAAAAAAACCCCCAAAAACAUUGCAGUAAGUUUCAGUAGUGAACAAACCAUAAUUUAUUAAGAGGCUAUAGGAAGCCACUUAACAUUUAAUAAUACUUAUUUACAACACCAAGCAAAGCUUAUAAUGUUAUGGUUUUAUUGAGAAACACCUGUAGUCUCUUUCUUAAACUGGCUUAACAAUAAGAGCUUUAUAACAUGUUUCAGCUGGGGAUUCAUUGCAAGCAUGUAAACUAUCUAAAUGUUCUUCCUCAGACCCUCUGACAGGCAGAGGAGGAACCGAGGUAGCUGUGUGUUAUGAGGAGGGUGUGCUGGCCUGUGGCAGCAUUACUGAGUCCUCGUUCAUCAAGCAAACUCAGUUAUGGUCCUGUUUCUUUUAAAAACAAGCUUAUAGCGAGUGGAUUACUCAGGGUGUUUUCCAAAGUACAACACCCAAGGAUUUGAGCCCUGUCCCUUUUUAGCCCAGACCUCUUAACUAUCUCUGUUAGCUUUGAUAAGGUCAUACCUUUCUUUGGAAGAUAUUUUGGGUGGCAGUGAAGCUAAAGAUUGGUUUGUUUGCAUUGAAAAUGUUUACACUGAUUCCCUGUAAGCAGUAGACAGUUUUGAAAUCAGGCCCGAUAUUUAAGACCAAAAAAAAAAAAAUUCUAAA